GGACAUCUUAUCUCAUCACUUGUAAAAUAAAAUACUUUGAUUGACAGAAAACGGAUUAUUUGGUGUAAUAAAUGUUCUUUCAGGUUGCAGUUUACAGCGCCUUUUGUUUAAAUUCGCUGUUUUUCAGUUCUUGAAUUAAAGAGACGGAAGCUUGAUAGUUCGCUCGCUAUAUUUCAGAUUAGCUUUCAGCAUACCGAGACCGUUAAUAUCUUUCCUACCUGUAUUUUGACAAAUCCCACCUAAAGCUCUGGUUCGCUAGUCAGUCUGAUUCGUGACGUAUUUAAUUGGUGUAUCGCCUUUGAUUGUGACCUGUUAACCAAUAGCAGGGCCAGGGGAGACGGAACAGACCAAUCAAGUGCGAUUUGUCGGAAUACGGGUGCGGCGAGGAGCGCAAGAGGACUCGGUGAGCAUAGCAACAGUCCUCGAAAAGUUGAGCGCGCUAGCAGCUCUCCGGCGCCGCGGGUUUGGAGUGGAGCUCCGCUACAGCACUACUGGGCAGCGGGAACAUGGCGCUUAAACGAAUCCAAAAGGAACUGACUGAUUUGGCCCGUGAUCCUCCAGCACAGUGUUCAGCAGGUCCAGUUGGGGAUGAUGUAUUCCAUUGGCAGGCGACAAUCAUGGGUCCUAACGAGAGUCCAUAUCAGGGUGGUGUGUUCUUCCUGACUAUACACUUCCCCACAGAUUAUCCCUUCAAACCUCCAAAGGUUGCAUUCACUACAAGAAUCUACCACCCAAAUAUUAACAGUAAUGGCAGCAUCUGUCUGGAUAUUCUUAGGUCCCAGUGGUCUCCUGCACUUACAAUUUCUAAAGUUCUCCUGUCCAUCUGCUCACUCUUAUGUGACCCAAACCCAGAUGAUCCUCUCGUACCAGAGAUUGCACGAAUCUACAAAACAGACACAGAAAAGUACAAUAAAAUGGCAAGAGAAUGGACAGAGAAAUAUGCCAUGUUGUAGGUGAGGGGAUAUAACAGAAUAGCACGGGAAUGGACACAGAAAUAUGCCAUGUGAUGUUAAAAGGACACAUUUUUGAACUGUUGUUUAUGCUCUUGUGUUUAGUCACUGUCUUGUUUCAAUACGUAUGUCUCUGAUGGAGAAACAGUCUGCAGAUGUCUGCUUUAACAAGACUACACCAAGACCUGCAGGAUUUGCCAUUUUCAAGUAUUAUGUGGACCUCAUUGAUGAAGUGGAGUCUUUUCACAGUUUCCUGCUUCUUUGCCUUGGGGUCCAUACGUCAGUUGUUUACUCUGACCUCUUGCGUCAUGCAAUCUUUGUAAGAGCAUAGUGCUGGCCUGCUCAGGCAGAGGACUGUAGGCUGUGCUACUGCAUCUUCCGUGCUGAAAUGCAUGUCAUCACAGGAUGAAGUUCAGUUGUGGCACAGCACUGGGAUUAUCAGAUGCCUUCUAUUGUUUUGCUCAUUCUGCAAAUCUGAAAUCCUUACUUGGCCCAUGCUUUAUUAUCUGUAUCAGUGAAUUGCACUUCAGUCAACUCAAUUAAAUGUCCUGCUUUUAAUUUUUCCCUUAAAUAAAGUCACAUAACUUGU